AUGUCUUAUUCCCGGAGAGAUCCAAUCCUCAAUGAGUACAGCCUCGGUGGCACGACCUUGAACCGUGUGAAGUCUGUUCGUGAUUUAGGAGUAAGAUUCGAUUCUAAACUCAAAUUUAACGAUCAUAUUAUCGAUAUAUUUACUGCACACAUCUCGGCGCAUAAAAUCGGACGGCACGGCUCCAGUAGAAAACACCGAGCUGUUAAUGAUGGCGCGCUACGCUUCGAACCUGAGCCAUACAACAAGAAGCUGGAGUUGAACAGUGCAGGGAAAAUACACUGUAAAGUAGCCGGAGGUGUAGCACCCACCGUACAAUGGUUCUUGAACGAGUCUUCCCCGUUACCCUCCGGCGUGACGUCAUUGAACGGAACGCUUCUCGUGACGUCAGCGGAACACCGCCACGCCGGCCGGUACACAUGUCGCGCGACAGAUGGAAAUACCACAAUUCACUCCACUAUUUCUUUGGAUGUUGUUGUAACGCCGCGCAUCUUGGAGCCAGAGUCCGGAGAGCAAGUCCACGCGUGGGUUGGCCAGCCGGUCAUCUUACAUUGUCGUGCAACCGGCGAUCCGCAGCCCACAACGCAUUGGGAUCGCAAUUUGACUAUUUUACAUCAGCAAGAAGGCGUUGAAACUGAAGGAAGCGCGAACGCCUCAAAUGCAAGGAUGCUGGUGCUGAACAACGGCACGCUAGUCAUCCGCUCUGCACGGGAAGAGGACUCGGACCGCUACGGCUGCACGGCGGGCAGCGCCGCCGGCCUCGCCCGGCAUGACCUGCAGCUGAUUGUACACCCAGAAGGCGAAGUCAUCCCCUCUUCUGAAUCGUCGGGAGUAGCAAGCAAGGCAGUAGUGAUUUCAAUCUCUGUAGCCGGCGCGUACAUGCUACUCGUGCUAGCUCUCAUGGUGUACUGUCGAAGACGACGGCUGAGACGUAGACGAAGAGGAGAAAAAAUGGAAUUAGAAAUGGUAGAAGGCAGAGAGAAAUUAGUAGAAGGGGAAGAAGAAAAGAAACCCAACGGCGGCCCCGUGCAGAACGGUCGACUUCUGCCGCACGAAAAGGACAGCGGGCCGGAUAACUCUGAGGUGUCUGGUGUAUCCCGUAUUUCCAAGAAAUCGGGACAAUACGACCAUUUGUCUGUACCUCGGUCUUUGCUUACGGAACAGAUCCCACUAGGCCGCGGCGAGUUCGGCGAAGUGCUGGUAGCCAAGAUAGACAUCAGCCAAGUGAAGAAAUUACGCGCCAAAGAAGACGGAGAUCUCGAACCCAAGCUGAGACCAGUCUUGGUCAAAGUGCUUACCACCAAAGAUGAGGUGCAGCUAGCGGACUUCCGUCGCCAGUUGGACAUGUUCAGUCGCGUACGUCACGCCAAUGUGGCUCGAUUGCUUGGGCUCUGCAACGAACAAGGUUCACCGCAUUGCAUGCUCUUGGAAUAUACUGAUUGGGGCGACCUGAAAAGCUUCCUGACAGCCACGCGCACCCCGGAGGAGACAGCGGAAUACCAGGCCCGCGUGGGACAGGCGCACGCGGCGGUGGCGGGGGCUGCGGGGGCGGCGGGGGGUCGCGCCAUGCCGCCGCUGGAGCCGCAGCACCGCCUGCUGCUGGCCUCGCACCUGGCCUCCGCCGCCAGCGCCCUGGCCGCCCACAGGAUCACGCACAGAGACAUCGCGUCGCGUAACUGCGUGGUGACGUCAUCGCUGCGACUUAAGCUAUCCUGCCCCGCGUUGUCGCGCGCGCCGCUGUCCCACGAGUACUACAAACUUCACGACCAGGUGAUCCCGUUGCGUUGGCUGCCGGCAGAAGUAGUGAUGGAGGGCGAAUACUCCACCAAAUCUGACGUCUACAGUUUCGCUGCUACAAUUUGGGAGAUAUACACAAAAGCGGAAUUGCCGUUCGCAAAACUGAACGACAAUUCAGUAUUAGAGAGACUGAAAGGAGGUAAUCUCGAGUGGAAUAUACCUUCCAGUAUGCCUGAGAAACUCGCUGCUUUACUGAAACGUUGCUGGAGUCAUUCACCAACCGACCGUCCACAAUUCACAGAAAUCUUGGAAGAGGUGAACGCACUCUUGCAAGAAACAACUUCAGAUACCACAAAACACAAUAAUACGGAAGAGAAGGACACUGGAACGCCAACACCUAUGGUAUUCUUUAACUAAGAUAGCUAUGAGUUAGCGUCUAAAACUUUCCAGCUAUACAGUAGUUGAUUAAUGUAGAAAAGAAACAAAAUUUUCUUUUCACUAUUCAGUUUCUAUGAUCUUCAUUAUGCCGAAUGACAAUUCUAUAGUCUGUCUGUCUUUUUUUGAACACGGAGUAAAAUGACAAUCUAUUGCGCAAAAGAGUUGCUCGCUUGCAAGCAACUAGUGAUUGCAGUCGAUAAGUAUUCUAUCAACUAUCGACUGAACAUUGGUCACGCUUAUGGAAUAAAUACCAGAACUUUUUUCAUUCAUUCAUCAUUCAUUUA